CCCGUCAGGGCUCUUAACUAUACGGGAAAGGGUCCAAGAUAUCUCCUCCUACGAAGCAGCGUGUUCUACUACCUUCAACACGAACCUCAAAACUGAAUUUUGUUGUCUCCAUCCAUCACCUUACUUCUCUACCCACUCUUACCACAUCAAUGUACGACCUCGUUUGUAUAGGCUUCGGCCCAGCACAGCUGGCAACGGCCAUUGCGAAUCGUGAGGCCCGAAAGCCAUGCAAUGUGCUCUUCGUCGAACGCAAGGCUGAAUUCUCGUGGCAUAAGUCGCAAUUGGCGCGAAUGCGAAUGGAGAAUCCUUUCAUCUACGAUCUCGCAACCACACGCAAUCCUCGAUCCAGCUUCACCUUCACCAACUUCUUGCUCUCCAAGAACAGGCUAGUUGAGUUUGCGAACUCAGACCGACUCAACCCUCUUCGAAUGGAGUUUGAAGAGUAUCUUGUCUGGUGCGCACAUCAAUUCAACGAAGAAGUACGAUAUGGCAGCGAAGCGGUCCAGGUUUCAGCCGAAACAGUGGAUGGCAUGACGAGGCACUGGAAUGUGAUUGUCAAAGACGGCAAGGGCAAUUCUUCCAGAAUCCAAGCUAGAAACAUCCUCGCUCCUUCACCUGCGGAAAAGCGCGAGCAAAAAUCACAACCCCCAUCUCUCUCGACAGUCGACUUUCUGGCCGGCCAGCGCAUCAUUUCUGUACACGACUAUGCUUCCAGACGAAAUGACAUACGGGAUAGGCGCGAAGUGCCACUUAAUAUCGCCCUGGUUGGUUCUGGGCAAGAGACGGUGGAAGUCCUUGACGACUUGCUAUCAUGUCCAAGGUUGGGAAACAUCACAUUAGUGUCUGAGAACGAAUCGCUUGCUCCGCUCAAAGUUUUGAAUGAAGGACCUGAAGCGCCACACCAAAAGCUGUGUUCAAUCUGGGCCAAACCGUCAUGGGAGCAGAAGACGAAUAUCUCGAGUUCAUCAGAGCUGAUCCAGCACAUCUACGAUCGAGCCUAUGAGAGGAUGGUAGCCACCAAGGGCAAGUAUGGCCUACGUGUGGUUAUAGGAAGAGACACAGCCGAGCCAUGCUCUACGGCAGACGUCAUCAUUGCCGAGCAGGCUCUCAGGCAGCUUCCAGCAAGCGGACUGUUCAGCGAGAUUGAUUCGCUCGUGCUCGGUUGCCGGCAGAAAGGAGAGAGCCUGGAGGAAGUGCAAUUCAAACGCGGCACUGUUAGCGAUGGCUGCCGAAUGUGGAUGGUUGCUGCACACUCUGAGGGUGGUCGUUCAUUGGCUAAGGAUAUUGCAGUGAGAGCGGGAGAGGUGGUGCAUAGGCUGACGGCCACCUCAGCAGCAGAGUCGAAAGACGGAGGCCAAGCGCCAAUGGGCAUCGCCGCUAGGAUCUAA